UCCAUGGUUUUGUUUGAACUAGCACGCUAUCAAAUAGCACGUGUAUCCGGGUUGUUGGCUUUGAGCAUGCUUACCUAUAAAAGAGCAUACUUAAAACUACCAUGCUUAUUGCAAACAAGUGCAGUUCAUGCAUGCUCAUAUUAAACAUACUUAUUAACCUUUCGUAUGUGCCUGUCAAAAAUUUGCCAUUUAUUUAGCAACUAUGACAUCUUCUUGUUUACUCGUAGGUUGAAUUUCGUUGAAUAUAUAUGGAGCAGAUCUGCUCCUAAGAAUACCAAAGGUUAAGCAAGCUUUUUGCCAUUCUACGAGUAUUGUGAAGCAUGUGUAAAAGUAUCGUAAUGUAAAUGUUGUAUUGACUUGACAACUCUUGAGGCCUACUUGCGUACGGAAGGUGGAGGUAAGGAAAUAAAUCUCCAUGUACCAAAAAGUGUCAUCAAAAAACCAUAAAUAUGUGGCGCUACAAUACCUAGAAUUCUUGAACAAAAAAAUCAAAUCAUAGAUAGCGCACUUCACUCCGUCAAUAGCGCCUAGGUUCUUAGCUACUCUAGCGCUACUCUGGAGAGAUUUGGACCUAUUAUUUAUAGCUGACAGCUGGACACUUUUGCAACAGUUCUACUAUGGAGUGUGGAAUUAAGAGGAGUGCCAUCUCUUAGUUAAAGUUUUUUUGUUCAAGUACUCUAGGUAUUGUGGCGCCACCUAUUUAAGGUUUUUUGAUGACACUUUUUGGUACAUGGAGAUUUAUUUCCUUACCUCCACCUUCCGUAAGUUCUACCAUAAGAAAUGUCACUCCUCCAUAUACUUGCGGAAUAAAAUUUAUGGCAAUUGAUUUUUUUAAUUUUAUUAAAACUUAAAAUAAUAUAUUUUGUAAUCUCCCGUCAUGUCAUUGUCACGCUAAUGUCAUAAGCAAAUAUGUUUUAUUUAUUGCUUUAGUAAUAAUAUUUUCAGUUUUAGAGCUUCUUUACACCAGAAAAUGUUAAUUAGAUAAUUUAAGAAAUCGUACAGUGUUGUUUGUGAUUUGUUUAUUCGGUUAUUAUUGAUCAUUCGGUGGCGUUGGCGUCGCAUAUCUCCUGCAGACGAUGGGAGGAGGGAACGAACCAGCAGCACCACCGCCAACGACGACGACGACGACCACCACAACCCCGAAGCCCGACUGGACGCUCGUGUGGCACUUCUUCUUCUUCGACUUCGACCGCCCCGGAGGCACCAUCUUCAUCGCCGGCAUUAGCAUCGAGAAGGAGGUGUUGUACGACAUCUGGAUCUGGUACUCGACCGUGUACUUGCCGGUGAUGCUGAUCAUCAUGUGCAUCGUGCUGACAGCGUCCAUAUGGGCCAUGGACUUCAAGCCCCUGCGUGCCAUCUUCGCCACCGUGGCCGUGAUCUUCUAUCUGUUUAUGUUCUACUGCAUCAUAUUCGUGCAAACGGAGAAGAGGAAGAUCUUCUCUACGACGACGGCGCCGACGACGACGACGACGCCGUGCCCCUGGUGUCCCACGUGCACCACGCCUAAAUGCACCACGCCCGAAAAGACCAAACUCAGGGGCCGAGUCAUACGAACGCUCGAGAUGCUGCUGUUGGACCGCUUGUGAGCGGGCGGGAGGGCAUCGCUGCCCCUCUACGUAAUUAAGGACGGAUAGUCGGCGUUGCGACGAAUCGCUGUCUCCUGGCCUAUGGAGGGUACAGGUAAAGAGAUUCCGUCCGCCCCUUCCCAGAAAAAAAGCCUUUAAAUGGGUUAGUCGUUUAUCGAAUCGCCCCAACCAUUGGAUUUCCCUUAGAAGUGCUUACCGGUUCAUUUGACUUAGCUCUAGGAAGGGGUUUCUCUUUCAGAGAUACCGCUAAAAUGAAAGAGUUAUGACACCUGUUCUAUCAACGCGCUAGACAUCCAGUCCUUUACUGUAAACAUAAAUAAGCAAUAUAUUAUUCUAUUUUUCAUUUCUCAUACUCUGAAAGUGGUUACUUGUUGUUCAAAAAGUGUGCAAUAAAUGAUACGUUUCUGCUCUA